CUUGUAGAACUCCUUUCAGCAUUUUUUGUAAGGCAGGUAUGGUGGUGAUGAACUCCAGCUUUUGUUUGCCUGGGAGCAUCUUAACCUUUCUUUCAUUUCUGAAGGACAACUUUGCCAGCCGCUCACUGCCCUGAGCUCACAACUCGGUAUUCUGGAUGGGGCCAGAGAAAUGGGCCUCACUGGCAGCGUCCCACACAGCUGGUGAAGCCAAGCGCUCACAUGUUCUCAUGUUCCCCUGCAGGAGAAAUCACUGGGCAAGAAGGGCUCUCUUGGCACUGAGCCCUGCCCCCUUGUGGGAGAGAUGCGAGCUGGAACUUCUCUGCUGGACUCUGCAGUUGCACAAAAGCACUCUUCUCGGGCAACUUUACUUUGAUGAUUUUCAAGGAAGCUGGGCUACGAAGUGGCAGAAGUCUCUAGGAAGCAGGAUGUCAGUGCCUCUGGGGAAACAGGUCUUUUUUACCGGCAUGGCGGCUAGCGGGGGCUGCGCCCUUUUGUACUACCUGAUACAGAAAACUUUUUCCAGGGCUUCCUAUUACCAGUUGGCGUUGGAGCAUCUGCACAGCCACCCUGAGGCACUGGAAGCUCUGGGCACUCCUCUCAACGUUCACUAUCUCCGACUCACCGACAAGUACAACUUCGUGGACAUUGCUGAUGCAAAGUUGAAGAUUCCUGUCUCUGGACCCAAGUCAGAGGGCUAUCUCUAUGUCACCUCAUCCAGAGAUGCCCCCUUUAAGAGGUGGAACCUUCAGGAGGUCUUCUUAGAGCUCAAGGAUGGCCAGCAGAUUCCCCUGUUCAAGCCCAGUGGGGAGAACAGCAAUGAGCUGAAAAAGGAGUGAAGGUGAUCAGCCCGUCCUAGCCCGGCCUCCCUCCUCACCAUGUGCGCCCCGUGGCUGCAGGCCAGCCCCCAGCCCGGGCUGGCUGCACGUGUGGGCAUACAGUGAUCUCAGGAUCAUUCUCAUUUGACCACAGUGACCCCUGCUGAAGUUUUUAAUUUCAUCAGAAAGCUACUAUAAUUUAUAAGAAUUUGAAAGUUCUCUAUAUAGAAGCAAAGCACAGAAUUAAAGGGAUCAGUAUUAAUAAUGUUGAUUUCUCAUCUCUUCUCUCCCCUACCCCAGUUUUCAGCCCUAUCAAUGAGGAGGUUUUAGGUUUUAUUAGUCUUGCAAGGGGACAAAAGACCUUCCUUCCCGCUGAGCGCCAGAGCCUACAAAAUCCAGAAACCUGCCAGCUUUGCUUUGCAAAGGCCAGUCUAACCCCCUCAGUAUUACUAGGCUUAAUGCAGGUGUAGUAAAGGACAUUCAUGAGCUCCUUUACUGUAUUCUUAAUAUUCAUUGGAGGGGAGCCUCUCAGAAAAGAUUAAGCUUAAAUAUGCCAGUACAGGCCUUUCAUUGUUAGAAGUUAUUUCCGUUCUGUAAUUUCUUUCUUUAAAAAAUAUGCUCUUUGAAUAGAUCAUGAAGUGAAAAAGUUCUUUCCCCGAGAGCUUUUGUUGAUAAAUAUUACGAUCUGUACAGUCUUUCUUGUGCUGCUUUAUUCUUUAAUCAUCAUGUACCGUUCUGUUGUGUACAUGUCACUUUAUAUAGUGCCUCACACCUGACUGUUCUAUAACAGCUUUUACUUACUUUCAGUGUUGUUUGCCGGAUUUUUUCCUGCUGUGGCCAAGCCACAGAAAACCAGGGCCUGAGUGGACCAUCUGUUCUGAAGUAAAAGCAAGUAAGUUUUUGUGUACAAUUUGUAUGAAGAGGCUUUCCUAACCCAACUGACAGGAAAUAGUAUGUAGUGAAAAGAUCCUUGAUUUCUGUUUCAAAGUCACCAUCUUGGGUAUUAUUUCCAGUUAAGCAUAUUUCCGUGGACUUCUUAAUGCCUUUAUGGUUGAUUGAUUGUGAACGGGCCGGAACCCGGUCCUUGCAAUAGACAUUGUCCUUUCUUUCCUUGAAGUAAUGCUGUAUACCUGUAGCCCGCUACUUCCUGUGUGUCCAGUGAUCAGAUCACUGUGAUUCAGCCGUGGACUCCCAGUAAUGACCUGGAAGACAUCUUGGAGGAUGCACAAUCAUCAGGGGCAAAGGAGACUUUUCACUGAGCAAAAGUGCUCCCAGCACACCCCAGGAGUGAGCCCAGUGGUGACUGGAGAAAGACUGUAAGGAUUAUAGAUUUAGGAAGACUGCAGAAGAGCGAUCACAGCCAACAAAUGGCAGUAGGACUCCCACGCGCCUUUACUAAGAUGCUGUGUGGUGUCUGCUCACAAGCGGCUUACGUAAUACUGGACUAGAAGAGUUCCAAGCAGCAGCGCUAAAACGAGGUAGGAGAGAGACCAAGUAGGAGGAAUCCAGGAGGCCAGUCAGGUCACUCCUUCCUCUUGGUGGACUGGUGACCUCAUGGGCUUAUUUCAGACGUGAUGGAGACUGCCUUGCAAAUAGAAAAAACAUGAAAACAGGCCUCAGCAGGGGAGGUGUGAGCUAUGCUCCAGAAAGAAGAUCUGCCAUUUGGCCAGUGUAUAGGUUAGCUGAAGAUACAGUAAAAGCAAGCCCUGGACAGGUGAGGUGACCAGAGCAUGAAUGCCAGCAUUAGCAUUUUGCAUUGAGCUUGUAGCCCUCAGGUUCUGGAGUAAGUAUAUGAUUCUACUGUUAAUGACGGUUUAAGAGACUGUGCUGAAUUAUACUGACAAGACCUGUACGACUUUCAAAUAAAUCAGAGAUUUUAUUGUCAUUUAUCCCAUUUUUCAAGAUUUGGCUUCCCCCUGCUUCUCUUUCUUCCAACCGUUCCCCAUUCACCAAUCCAGGGAUUUAGUAAUACCUGAAGAGACAGGUUCUACUACUCCCAGUUUUGGUGAAGUUGCAUUCAGCAAAGAUGAAGCUAAACUGAAUGAAUGACACCCACCUGAAGCAGCCAGCACUGCGCCGACGGUGGCCUCUGGCACAGCAGGAAGGCCAGGGCGAUGCUCUGUCGACAGCAGCUCCACAGGGCUUUCUGAAGGCUGCUUGACUCUGCUGUUUUCAGUUUGUCCGUAUGAAUAAAUACUUACCAAUCGCUGGUCUUACAGGCGAGGCAGCGUUUAUACUGCUUGUUGGGAGGCUUGGGCAAAAGAUGCUGUAUCCACAGGAGGCCCCAUGAAGGGGUUGGGGGGCGUUCAAGGAGGAGGUGAGAGGGUGAUGAUGGGAAAAGCCUCCAGCCUCCACCCACGGGAAGAGCCUCUCCUCCUCGGUAACCUGUCCACCAUCCAGGCUUGUCUUUCUGCCGACUCUAGCAGUUGCUCAGUUCAAAGCGCUGUCAGGAACGUGUACAGAAAAGCUGACGUUUUACGAUCCAGGGUUCAAAAGUGGGAGUUGAAAAUAUUAGAAACAUGCCUCUGUAUCAUAGAUCACAUUUCAUUUAAUAAUGAAAGGCAUUUAAUAUACCAUUAGAAGAAGUAAUGGAGAGCAGACAAUACUUACUUAAAAUAGCAAAAAGCAAACCAAAACAAAAACUACUUAGGAAAAAGUGAGCAAGAAAUCUGCAAAACUUACAUGAGAGGUCUAAAACACACUACUGAAAGGUACAAAUGUAGAACUGGACAAAGGGAAAGACACACCAUGUUCUUGGAUGGCAAGAUUCUUCAUCAUAAAGAUGUCAGUUCUCCCUGAGUUAAAUUUAAUGUGAUUUUUAAAAGUUAGACAAGCUAAUUAAUUGUAAAUUCCUUUGGAAGAAGAAAUAAGCAAAGAUAGCUAGGAAAUCACUGCAAAGGAAGAGUAAGGAAGGGGGGGCUAGUCUUACAGACAUUAAAACAUAUUUGUAAAUAAAAUAAUGAAGUGCUGGCACAUGAAGAGACAAUGCAAUUGAAAAUAUAGACAUGCAUAUGGAAAUCUGGUUAUGGUAAAGCAGCAUCUAAAUCAGGGAGGGGAGAGGAAGACAUUUGAAAACUGAUGUUGGAACAACCUGAUAGCCAUAUGCAAAAAGAUGAAAUGGGAUCAACUGCUCACCAUACAUUCCAAUUGGAUCAAAAGAUCUAAAUGUAAAAAUGAAACCAUCUAAGCACUAGCAGAAAAAUAUGGGUGAAUUCUUUUAUAACCCAGAAGUGGAGAAACUCACCUAACCAUGAUUCGUUAUAGAAUAAGGAAAACUGUAUAAAAACAAAUUUCUGCAUGUCUAAAAAUACCAAAAGCAAAGCGAAAAGCAAAUGGUAAAUGGGAAAAUAUUUAGAAUUUAAAUCACAAAAGUUAAUAUCCUUAAUUUCUAAAGCGUGAAAGUUGAGAAAACAGUAACCCAGUAGAAAAAUGGGCAAAAGAUACUAUGUAUUCACAGAAAAGAAAUGCAAGUGACUCAAACACACUAAAAAAAAAGGGUCAACCUCCCUCUUAAAAAGAAUAUAAAUUCAAACUACAGGAAGAUACCAUUUUUCUUCUAGCAAAUUGGCAAUAAUCCCUAAAUUUGAGAACCUGUUUUCUCAAAAGGCUGUGGGGAAAUAGGCAUUUUUAAAUUGCUGGUGUAAAGACAAAAUGAAACAACACCUGUGGGAGGGAAUUUGACAAUAUCUAGAAAAAUGUCACGUACACUUACCAUUCUAUUCAGCAAUCCCACAUCUAAGAUUUUAUCCCAAAGUAGGCUGGCAAAAAAUACAAAAUGCCAUUUAUGUAAGGUUAUUUAAUGCAACACUAUUUGUAACAGCAAAAAACUGUAAACAACCCAGGUACAACCCAAGUCUCCAUCGAUAGAGAAUGGGUUAAAUAAACUGACUUCUAUACAGUUGAGGAGUCUGUACUUGUGAAAAGGAAUUUUAUAUAUGCAUGUGUAUAUGUAUGCAUAUGUUAGCUUCUACUUUCAAAAAGAAACAACGGAAGAAUAACUAAAAUCAAUACAAGUAGUUAUCUUUGGGGAAGUAAACAAAUGGCCAGGGGACAUAAGUAGGAAACAGGGAUGGAAGCUGUACUUUCCUGAAUGUACCUUGUUUUACACUUUUAAAUUUGAAAUCAUGCUGUUUUGUUUUUACAUAAUUUAAAAAUAAAAUCAAAGAAAAAAAUCUUUAAAAUACUUCUUAAAAUAUUGAAACAAAUGAACCACACAGAGAAGAAAUAUUUCAAGUGACUUUCAAACAGUUCUGACUCAACAUCCUUGGUGGGAUAUAUCCUCAUGGCAAAAAGGAACCUCAAGAAAUUUUAAACUACAUUCAGUGGUCUAGUGUUAGUGCCCACGCGCGCGCACACACACACACACACACACACACACUCACUCACUGGAGACUUCCUCCUUCCCAUACUUGUCACUCCUUCUCCAACAGAGAGAAACCUGGCUCUCAUAAUCCGAGGUGUAUUUACUAAUUUGCUUAAAUCUAAAAUACACAGAAGGGAGUUCUCCUACUGUCAACUUUAAAAAGCAAAAGCCCCCAGGAGGGACAAGAUGGAGUAGACACACGUUUAAGCACAGCUAAAACCCUAGACAUUUAUCAAAUAAACAUACUGAAAAAUGAAAAGAAGGCAGAUUGGCUGAGGACCUUGGGACCCAAGUGAUAAAAGCAGUGAGUUCCCUGGGCUUUCUUUUGCCUCAUAUGUCCCAGACUAGGUGCUGGUGAAACCAGCAGCCUAGAAACACCAAUGGCUACAACAACAAAAGCCAAGAAAAGCCUGCUUUCUCAAGCUAAAUAACUUUCACACAGUAAUCGCCCUAUUCUAGCCAGACACCAUGGAAAAAAACAUGGCCCCAACCCUACCCUAGCCUGUCAACAAAGGCCAGGUGGAGAGCCAAGACUUGCUCCCCUUACUCAGCUAGAACGAGGCCUUCCCCGCCUGCCCCUUUGGCCCCCGUCCUCUGCAGGGUGUGGUGGCAGAGAAGGCCCAGGGGAGCUACGCCCGCCUUUCCUGCCCGCUGAUACUCCCACCCCCCGCGGCAUCAGUGGAGCCCCUAUUCUUCAGUGGGAAGCCGUAAGGAGGUACCCCUCCCCCUGCCUCGGUGUCAGAAGAGGCCAAGUGGUGAGCCUAGACCUUCACCCCCAACUGGCAGCAGUGAGGAGGCAGUGUACAUAUCCCCGCUUCACCCACCGGUAUGGCGGUGUCAGAAAAAGCCUGCUUUUAAAACAGAAGAUUUAGACAAGAUCCAGAAUCCCGCGACAUAAAACCAGACGUCCGAUACACAAUAGAAAACCACGCUUUUAUACCAAGAACCAGGAAAAUCUGAACUUGAAGAAAUCAGGAACUUGAAGAUAAAAUAGAAAUUACCCAAUCUGAGCAGAGAAAACAGACCGACAAUAAUACCUGUGGUUCUAUAACAAAAAAAUCUAGCAUUCAUGUCAUUGGAGUCCCAGGAGAAGAGAAAGGUGGGGCUGAAAAAAGCAUUUGAAAGAAUUAACGUCUGAAAAGUUUCCAAAUUUGGCAAAAGACAUAAACCUAUAUAUUUAAGAAGCCGAGUGGAACCCAAACAACGUAAACCUGAAGAAAUCUAUGAUAACACAAACUUCUGAAAACUAAAGGCAAAGAAAAAAGCUUGAGAGCAGCAAGGCAGAAAUACCACCUUACCUAUAGGGGAAAGACAAUUCAGAUGAUAGCUGUCUCCUCAUAAACCGUGGAGGCCAGAAAAAUGGCACAAAAGUUUUCAAGUUCUAAAAGAACUGUCAACUCUGAAUUCUGCAUCUGAUAAAAUUAUUCUUCAGGAAUGAAGGAAAAAUAAAGACUUUCCAGAUGAUGGAAAACAAAAAGAAUUUGCUUGAAUAGACCUCCCUUAAAAGAAUGACAAAAGGAAGUUCUUGAAACAGAAAAUGUUGAGAAAAAAAAGUCUUGGAACAUCAGGAAAGAAGAACAGUGGAAAGAGCAGAAACAUGAGUGAAUAUGAUCGACUUUACUUCUCCUCUUGAGUUAUCUCAGGAAUUGUUUGGUGGUAGAAACAAAACGUAUAACGUUGUCUGAUGUACUAUUUACCUGAACUGGUAAAAAUGUUGACACAACCCAUCUUUGUUGCUAUGAAAUAGUUCUGUAUCUAAAUUGUGGUUACAGGAAACUACAUGUGAUAGAAUGGCAUAGAACUAUACACACGCACUGCUUGGAUGUCAAUCUCCUGGUUUUAGCACUUUACUACAACUACACAAGAUGCGUCUGUACUACUAUCUUUCCAACUCCUUCUAAGUCUAAAAACUUUGUAUUUUGAACUAAUUAAGGUAUAGGACAAGGACACUGAAUAUGCUCCUUUGAAAGGGGCAAGAUGAGGUGAUAAUCCUUCCCUCCUGAAUAAUCUCCAGCUCUCUGAGGAUUAAACAUCUCUCUUCCUAAAUAUCUUUUUUUUUUUUUC